UUCCUACAUUCGAUGUGCUAACCAAUUUGCACUUGUCAAUUCUUAUGAGGAUCGAAGGUUCUUUUUAGUAACAAUGCCUGUGCAAAUAAACCCAAAUAAAAAGAAAACCAAUCUCUCUUUCUCCUUACACUGUUCAUAAUUCGUUUACUCUUUUCCUUCUCAUGUUUCGAUUAUCAAACUGGUAGUCUGGUAAAGUGAAGAGAGUCUAAAAUUAUUGUUCUUCUCCCCUUUCUGGAUCUUGCAUCGAUCGGAUUUUAAUUUAAACAGAGAAUGGACAAUGAAAAGAAGAAGAGAAAAAACAAGAAAAAGAAGAAGCAGCAGAUUAGAACCUCAGAAGAUGAAUUGAUUGUAUCAGAAUCGACUUCUGUGGAUGAUACUCACAUGAGAAAUGGACUGAAUGAUCAAAAUCCAAUUUCUGACGCAGUAGAUCUUUCAUAUCAGCAUAUCAGUGGAACAAAAGAUGCUAAGGAGGAUACAAUUAAGCAUUUACAUGAGGAAAACAACAUACAUACACAAAGAAUGGCUGACUUAGAGUUGAAGCUUGUAGAAUAUGAGAGUGAAAAACACUCAUGGCUUCAAAAAGAGGCAGCAUUAAUGGAUAAAAUUAGAAGUUUACAAGAGGACAAGACUGCCUUGGAUUUAGAAGGGGCCAGGUUAUUAGACACAAUUGAGCUUCUAGAGAGAGAUAAAGCUUCAUUGAUUCUUAAUGAGAAAUCAAGUUGGGAGACGAUAGUGGAUAAGAACAAGGACAUCUCUAGGUUACAGGCACAGGUUGUGGAGUUGGAAGAACAAAGACGUGAUCUGUUGCAAGAAAACAAACAACUGACGGAAAACGUUGCUGAUUAUCAGUCAAAACUUCUGAACCUUGAGAGAAAAUUAUCUUCCACUUACAUGCACUCUUCAGGUCGAGUCACAAAGGAGAUGUUGAGUUCACAAGUGGAUGCAGCUCGUAUUCUGGUUGAUAAAUUGAUUACAGAAAAUGCAGAGCUUAUUGGGAAGGUGAAUGGGUUAUUUGUUGAGCUUCAAAGAGUUACGAAGACUGAACUAUCUUCAGGCGUGGAGCCUGACCAGAUGGCCAAAGAAGCGACCGGCACUGCCACUUUCAACGAUCCUGAGCCGCCCUUGAUUCUGAAUAGCGUCACAUCAAGUAAAAGUUUGGACGCAUUAGAAUCUGUUCCAAUCCACAACCAUAGCAUUGGUAGUGAUUUUGUGGACCUGGACAACGAUUUUCUGGCUUCAAAAUCUUCAAUGCCUAUGGCGGCAGGAGAAAUCGAACAAACUCCGUUGCAUGAAAUUGAAGAUAGGAACAGGGACCGAGAACUGCCAGCUACAGGGAGCGAUGAGCAAGAUGUGCUGCUUUCAGAUGCUCCUUUGAUUGGGGCUCCUUAUCGGUUGAUAUCAUUUAUGGCCAAAUAUGUAAGCGGUGCUGACCUGGUUGGCAAAAGCUGAUAGAAAUGCAAUCCUAUUUUUGGGUCAUCCAGGAGCUCAAGUCUGAGUAAUUCUUUUAUACAGGAGUUCACUUUUUACGCGAGAUAGAAAUGAAGAGAGCAAACCCCAGGUAUUUAAAAAAAAAAAAAAAAAAGCUUAAGAUGAUAGAUGACUUGUGCCAUUGAUCUUUUUAAAGGCAUUCUUUCCAAUACCUAAUUAUUGUGCGAUUCAAAAUCCACCAUUUCAUGCUCUUUGAACUUUUCAGACUCCGUCUUCAAGUAAUUUGAGCUAAUUAAUGAAAUUUCAUCUUAUAUAACC